AUGUCAAAGACCUACGUUAAGAAAGACAUUGACCAAUGCCUCAGUAACACUCGCAUCCUUUAUAUUGGCGAUUCGAUCAUGAGAGAGCAGUAUUACACUAUGACGCAAUUUCUGCACUUCAACAAACCUACGGUGGAAGCAAUUCACACGGAUCAAAAGGUGCACACAAAAGACUCUAAUAUAACUGUUGAAAUGUGGUGGGACCCUUAUCUGAAUUCAACAAAGACGAUAAACCUGCUGGAAGCUAAUGUGCCUGAGCAUGAAAAGCCGAGUCUCCUGAUCAUUGGCUCUGGUAUAUGGUAUAUGAGGCGUUUAAGAAAUCAAUACUUGAGCGGUUGGAAAACUGCCGUGGAUCGAAUUUUCGAUGGUGCUAUCAAAAACAGAAUAGCUGACAAAGUACUCAUCUCUCCUGUAGAGAUCGUUGAGUAUGAUUUAAUGAUACCAGCUCGAAAAGCAACUCUUACCUAUGACAAAAUCACUAUUAUGAACAACUAUCUUCGUGAAAGAGAAAGUCAGCUACGACGACAAUCAUCUGCUGUUACACCAUUGGCUGUACCUUUUGUAUGGAACGAAAUUGUCACCACGUCUAAAAACCAAACAGUAGACGGACUUCAUUUUAAAACACCAGUGACAAGAGCUGAAGCACAAUUGGCUCUUAAUUACCGCUGUAACCAACAACUAGCGUUAGAGAAAUCAACGCCUGCUUUUCCAAAUGACAGUACAUGUUGUUACAGCUAUCCUACACCGGUUUGGUAUCAGUCUGCUGUAUUUCUCUUUUUCCUUGGUUUCGUUCCGCUUGGCGUUUUUUUGCAUUAUACUACAUCUGGUAAGUUUCCCAUUUUGAGAUUGUUUCGAAUACGCAAAAUUUUCCCUUCCACUUUUGAAGUCCUUAGUGCACUAUUCAUCUUUGGGCUAUCUGUUAUUUACAUGUAUUUUGGCGAUCGAACUCAGUUAUUCGGAAAAAUGUUCAAACAGUUCGAUGCUUCCGGUUUCUGGAUCAUGAUAGCUGCAAUGUUACUCCUGGGUCUCGUCACACUCAAGACAAAAAACAAUAAAGAGGAUAGCAACAACGAUGCAGGAUUUCUUAAUAGAGAUCAAACCGAAGAGUGGAAAGGAUGGAUGCAACUGGUUAUCUUGAUUUACCACUUCACAGGUGCUUCUCGUAUCGCAGCCAUAUAUAAUCCCGUUCGUAUUCUCGUAGCGUCUUAUCUGUUCCAGACGGGCUAUGGCCACUUUCAUUUUUUCUACAAAAAAGCCGAUUUCGGUAUUGCUCGUAUUAUGAAUAUUAUGGUGCGGCUGAACCUUCUCACUUAUGUGCUAGCCUAUUUAAUGAAGACAGAUUAUUUGUUUUACUACUUUUCACCCUUGGUCAGCUUUUGGUUUGCCGUCAUUUGGAUUACAAUGAGAAUCAUGCCUAGCUACAAUCAAAAGGCCUGGUUCAUAUUGAGCAAAAUAGCUAUUAUGUCUAUUAUGACUGGCAUUAUUAUUCAUUAUCCUGGUGUGCUGGAAGCGACGUUUAGCGCUCUUCACUGGUUGUUCAAGAUCAAUUGGAAUGUAACGGAGUGGCGUUUUAGACUGUCACUAGAUGCUUGGAUUGUCUAUAUUGGUAUGCUCUGCGCGUAUGCCAGCAUUAAGUUAUCCGAACUCAAUGUUUGUACUAGCUAUCCUCGUCCUUGGGCUUUUGUCAAAUAUGCAGCGCUGGCUGCUUCUACCGUCGGUUUGGUGUGGUAUUUUAUAUUUGAAUUACAGCACUCCAAAUUAUCCUACACGCCUUACCACCCUUACAUCUCGUGGAUACCUAUUCUCUCCUUCGUUGUCAUCCGUAACUUCAACUGCUUUGCACGAAAUGUCCAUUCACGGUUCUUUUCUUUCAUCGGUAAAAUUUCUUUAGAAACCUUCAUUGGCCAAUUCCAUAUGUGGCUUGCUGCCGAUACAAAAGGUUUACUAGUGGUGCUUCCGCAUGCUAGUUGGGCCAUCAAGACCUCUUUUGGAUGGUGGACAAACUUGGUUAUCUCCAGUAUUAUCUUUGUUUUUAUCUGCUACUAUUUGAGUCAAGCAACAAGCAUCAUUACGCGUUGGAUUUGUUCCGGAGCUACAGAACAACAAAAGAGGCAGCAAAAAGCAACUUCAUCAACUCAAGGUAUACCAGCAAACGCCAUCAAAGCAGCUUUGCCAGCAGAUACCUUACCUCUGUUACCAACAAGCAGCUCAUCCUCUUCUUCUUUUGUGGAAAGCCCAAUUUCACCAAUUUCUGAAAAGAAAGCACAGAGUAUCCCUUUAAAAUCAGCUAUCAGUAGUGAAAGCAUGGAUUGUCGCUUAAGUGAAGAGUCCAGCAUUGAUAUUGAAGAUCCUUGGGAGGCGUCAACUUAUGAUAUACGGUCAAAACCUGCUUGGUAUAAGACACUUUAUGAAUCUUUAUCACAAAAUUACUGGGUGAAAUGUACUCUUUGUUUAGUUCUAAUGGGUGCGGUGAACAGACUCGCGGCGUAA